AUGGAUAAAUUAGAACCAAUUCCCGCCAAAUCUGUGUCUUCAUUACGAGAUUUGUACAAAAAUUCCACAAAAAAUGUCCUUCCUUAUAAUUUACUUGACAACUACGUUCGAUAUCGGACCAUUGAUUCAACGUUCGUCGACGAAAACUUCCAAAUCAUGUGUUUGAAUGGAGAUUGGAGCGAUGGAACUUUUUAUCUUCUUAACGAUAACGAGCUUUUUUUCUACACUUUAAAUGAAGAUCAAGGUCGUUUACGACGCUUAUUGGCGUUAUUUCAGUUCAACCAACCUUCUUUAUACGCAAGUUAUACUUACCUGAGGCAUUUAUCCGUCUUGGAUACUUUACCAUGGCGCAAAAUUGCCGUCGAAAGUACAAAAUUUUAUCAUCUCCCCUCAUGGAAGGCACUUUUGAUGGAUACAAAAGCUCCCGAUGGGCUUCACGUGACUUCUCUCAAAGCAAAGGACUUGGAUCUCACUUACGAACUGUAUCCGUACAAGCAUGAAGUGUCAUUUUCUCACUUCCAGAUGUUUCAUCGCUUCAAUAAAACCGUUGCAGUGUAUGAUGACACGAACGAGGAGCUGCUUGGAUGGUGUUUUUUGCGUCAAUCUAACGCAUUUACAGCACUUCAGGUGCGAAAAGAACACAGAAGACGUGGUUUGGGGUCAGUUUUAGUGCGAAAUAUGGCGAAAUUAUUAGCUCAAGAAGGCAAAGACUCGUUCGCGAUCGUCGUUGAUGGCAAUAAAGCAUCCGCGAAACUCUUUAAAAGUGAGGGAUUUGAAUGCAUCGACCGAGUUUUCAACGUUCAAGUUGCUCCAAAGUCAAAAAUUUUAUCAAAACUUUAA